AUAAACAAGAAGGAGACCGCAACACCACGACCACCAUUGAAGGGGAUAGAAGUUGGUUAGGGCGAGUUGUUAAUAUUACCCCGUAUCUUGUCUAUGACUUUACCGAAAUCAUUGACGCAUUUGCGUUUUUGUUUGUUGUGCCAUAUACUACGGAGGAAUUGGAGGAGGAAGCCAUUGACGAAGGAAAACCUAAGAAAAAGAAAAGAGACGAUGACAUUGCGGACAUAUCAGAACAAGAAUAUAAGAAGUUGAAAGCAGAAGGUAAGCCAGUUGCGAAAUCUUAUUAUUUAGAGUAUAUAACCCGUUAUAGAUUAAGGAAAGAGAAAGAAAAAGCCCCCGUAGGAAGUUUGACGGGACUUGCCAUUGAUAAACAAAAAGAACUUGCCGAUGGAUUAAUUAAAGGAUGA